AUCGUACGGCAGGAUGAAGAAAUUGGUUGUGCUCGUGCUCGCUCUCAUCUUACUGACUUUCUUCUCAGUGGCCUCCCCGAUUCUGACGGAAAAGCAGGCCAAGCAGCUCCUGAGAUCCCGGAGGCAGGACAGACCAAGCAAACCCGGAUUCCCUGACGAGCCCAUGCGGGAGUACAUGCACCACCUGCUCCGCCUGGAGCACCGUGCCGAGGAGCAGUUCCUGGAGCACUGGCUGAAUCCUCACUGCAAGCCCCACUGCGACAGGAAUGUGGUCCACCCUGUGUAAGGGCUUUGGAGCCAGCCUCUGCAAGCAUUUUAUAGGCAAUGACCUGGAUGAUGUCGAAACAGGACAAGGCACCUUCUUUCAUUUGCUUUUAAACUGUCCAAAUGGAUUCUUCAGAUCGCAUGAAGUGUGGGCAUACCAAAAGUUGCUUUGGGGAUUGAUAGCAAAUAUAUAUGCUGCUUCAUUUUACCAUCCUGCACAAAUCAUUUAAAGCAAUAGCUUAAAGUGUAGACCUGCAAAUGGCCUGGCUACCAGUUUGUAAGGGUGGGCAGAAACAGAAUCUUACCUGGGGCCAGUGGGGCUGGGACCCCUGGUCCAGAAGCUGGGAGAGGACCGGCUGCCCUAAGGACUUCGGGGAAGGCUUGUUCAGAGUAGCCAAGUACACCUGUUGGGUCUGCUGAGUGUUUUUUG